AAACAAAAGUUAUGAAUUUCCGGGGAGGCUGUUGUAUUGCGAGGUACGGUGGUAGUGGUGGUGGUGGUGGUGGAUAUGAUAUGUCGAAGGUUGAUCGGAUUAUGCUCCGGUACCGUCCGAUUGCACCUAGACCUGAUUCCGGUGGAUCUCCGUCUUCACCGACGGAGAAAAAUGGAUCGGUGUUAACGAGCGUUUCGUCUAAGUCACGGAGAGGUAAGAGGAAAUAUUCAAAGGAGAAUAAUAACAGUAGCAGUAGCGGUAGCGGAUCCGUUAAUAGUAACGGUAACAGCAAAAGACGGAGAAAGGAAGAGACGAAGAACGGAUCUGGUGGUGUCGGUGGUGGAGAGAUCGUGACGCUGCCUCUUCUUCCGGAGACUCCUGAAAAGAAGAAAGAGUCUUCUCCGUCGCGGGGUAAGGCGGCGCCGGAGUUAGGUGCGGCGGCGUUGUGGCUGAGUUUUAACGACGGAGAUAACUCUAUCAGACGUUACCAGACGGAGUUAAUGACGGAGACGGUUGUGUCGUCGUUGCUGACGGUGGAGGGUGUAACGGAGAGAUGGGUGGAGGAAGGAGAGUUUGAGUUAGGGUGUACGGACGAGGAGAGGAAGAUGAAACUAGAGAGAGACACGUGUCCGUGUUUCAUAUCGGACGGUUUAGGUAGAGUCGUUUGGACGAACGGGUCGUACAAGGAUUUGGUUGUUGGGAAAGAUCAGGAGAAGCAGUACUAUAGUAAGAUGAGUGUGUGGCUUGUGAUGAAGGAGAGGCCUUUGGUAACGUACCGGACGUUCACGUGUAGGAUGAGAUUGCAGUACACGUGUCGUGAUAAGGAGGUGAGUUCGAUCACUUCGUUCUGUGAUGUUUGGAGGAUGAGUGACGGUGGCUUUGCGUGGCGGCUUGAUGUUGAUGCUGCACUGUGCCUUGGACGGUGAGAUGAUUUGGAAGAGUUUUUGGCCGUUGGAUGAUAACAUGAGGAUACUACUUAAUAUAUAGCGACAUGCAAGUUUAGAGAUCUUUUGGACUUACAACUUUAGGAUUGUACAUAUUAAUUUCGCAGUUUUGUAGCUUUUGACACUUUCAUCUUUAUUUCCUGUUUUGCAGUGUUUGGUUGUUUUCAGUUUUUUUUUUUUUAGUUUAUAUAAAUUCUGAGUUACUCCGGUUAAUUGGGUAUGUAUCUCUUUUUUUAUAUUGUCUGUCUCCUGCUUUGUAUGCUUAAUUAUCGGACUAGUACUUAGGUUGUGGUGGCAUAUAUAUAUAUGUUUAAUCA